GUCAACAAAUUAUUAUUAUGGAUGUACCGGAAUCUAUAGUUUUUUUCGGGCGCACAGGAGAAGGAAAAUCUACUCUCGCUAAUAUGCUAAUUCAAGAGGAUCUCUGUUUUGAAUGUUCUAAAAAUAUAUUCCCAAUCAGCGAUAAUGCGGUUGGAGAAACUUCUGAAGUAAAGUAUAGUAAAAAUGAUGCAUUUGAAAUAUAUGAUACUAUUGGAUUAUGUGAAACUUCUAAAGGAACAAUAUCACAUAAACAAGCUAUCAAAAAGAUUAGAUAUUUUUUCUCAAAAACAAAAUCGCCACUCAAUUAUAUAUGCUAUGUUAAAAAGAAGAGCAGGUUCACCAAAGAAGACCAAAAAGCAUUUAAGAAAUUUAAAAAUAUAUUCAAAGAAGGAGAGAAUAAUUUUGUUAUAAUUAUGACUGAUUGCACUCCGAAAUGGGCUAGUGAUAAUGUAAAAACAAUACGAGACUAUUUUGGAAAUCAUCCUAUCAUUGCAGUCGAUUUUCCCUUUGAUGAUCGUUUUGAUGCUGAAGCACAGAAAAAAAUAAGGAUAGAAAGUCGAAAACAUUUAAUAAGUUGUUUAAUGCAUCUAAGAUACAAUUGUGUAAAACUAGAAAUUGCUGGGCCUAAAGAAUACUUUGAGUCAAAAGUGAAAAAAGUCAUGGAUUUUGUGCCAGUUGUUGGCACAGCAUAUAAUCUAAUAUCUUCUGGUGCAUAUUUUAUAUUAAGGAAGCCAGAAUUGGCAAAGAGACGACUCAUAGAAGGAGCUGGUGAUCUCUCCAAGAUUCUUUCUAAAGUUGCUAUGAAACUGUUAACAAAUUCUUGA